CACCCAUCAAUCGAUCAUUACUAGCUAGCUACCACUUCAAUCAAUUUUUGCACGUGAUCGAUGGCAAGAAUGAAUACUAAUGUUGAAGGAGCAAGUUCCGGGCGGCGCAUUCCCGUCGGUUUCGUGAGCACCGACGACGAGGAGGACUUUACUUCGGCGGCGGAAGGCGGCAAUGGGGAUGAGUGGUCCGCGAUCAGGUAUUGGUUUGGGAGGAUGAGGGCUCCGAAGCCGGCCGCCGCCGUCAUCGGCCCUUCUUAUUCUUCUCCCUCAUCAGAGAUGAGCGUCCAAUACAAAUCAACAGCUGCUGAUGAUGAGUCUGAGGCGAACUCUUUACUUGCCACGUUGAGAGCUUCGUCUCCUACUCGCACAACAGCCGAAACCGUUUCAUCCGAGCAACGGGCCAGCUGGAUGAAACGCCACCCAUCAGCUCUGGACAAGUUUGACCGGAUCAUAGAAGCUUCCAAGGGUAAGCAAAUCGUGAUGUUUCUUGACUAUGACGGAACCCUUUCACCCAUUGUCCCCGACCCCAAUUCCGCUCACAUGUCACCCACGAUGAGAGCAACGGUGAAAAGUCUUGCCUCAUAUUUCCCUACAGCCAUAGUAACUGGACGGAGUAUAGACAAGGUGUAUGACUUUGUUCAGUUGCCAGAAUUGUACUAUGCAGGAAGUCAUGGUAUGGACAUUAUAGGGCCAUCCAGAGGCCCCCAUUUCAUGAAACGUGGUGUUACAAAUAUUCAACACCAACCCGCGGCGAACUUUAUUCCCAUAAUACAACGGAUUUACGCGACAUUGCGGGAGAAAACAAGUCACAUUCCUGGUGCUUAUGUGGAGGAUAACAAAUUUUGUGUCACCGUCCAUUUUAGACGUGUGGAAGAUAAGAUGCAGAAUUGGGAGGAGUUGGUCCAAAUAGUGAGAGGGGUGAUGAAAGGAUAUUCGGGCCUUCGAAUAAGCAGCGGUAGGAAAGUGAUGGAGAUUCGGCCCGCCAUUGAUUGGGACAAAGGCCAAGCUCUCACCUUCUUGCUUAAAUCCCUAGGUUACGCUUACUCUAAUCGUGUAUGUCCCAUCUAUAUUGGGGAUGAUAGAACGGACGAAGAUGCUUUUAGGGUGAGUACUAAGAGAAUCACGCCAAGGUUUUGGCAUUGUUGUGUCAAAACAUCCCAGAGACACGCUUGCUCCUUAUUCCUUACAAGAACCAUCCGAGGUUAUGUCCUUUUUGCGCCGGUUGGUAGAAUCUCAGAAGAAAACGGGAGGAAGAAUAUGUUACGCUUUUUUCGGGGGUGAAUGUUAAAUACAAUACUAAUUUGGGUUAAACACCCUUUUCAAUGUGUAAAUAAAUACAUAUAGCAUAAGACAACAAGUUGCAUCUAGAUAUAUGCAAUUUUACUUGACGAAAUGUAGCAUGUAACAUGCAUGUACUAUUAUGACAGAAUAAGAAAUUAGUAAAACCUAGCUUUCCUUUUUAUCUUCCAUUGGAAAGCUCGUAGAGAAGGAUUGGGUUAACGUAGUCUAAUUUCACCAAUCUUUCCCAUCUAUUGUACCCCCCAAAAACAAUAUUGUACGUUCAUGUACUUGAUAUACAUCGAUAUCACGAUAUGCAU